CGUCUCAAACCUGAAGCUUUCUGGUGCAUCUUUCCUAAUAUGCUUCCUUUUCCUUUGCAGGUGUGAAUGACAGAGGAGGUGCCCCCAACUGCAGUUAGUGACAUAAACCUGCGUCUUCUCUGCCACGAUGACAUAGAUGUAGUGAAACAGCUCUGCGGUGACUGGUUCCCAAUAGAGUACCCUGACUCAUGGUAUCAGGACAUCACUUCCAACAAGAAGUUCUUUUCCCUUGGAGCCACCUACAGAGGCACCAUUGUGGGAAUGAUAGUAGCUGAGAUAAAGAGCAGAACAAAAGUGCAUAAAGAGGAUGGAGAUAUUCUAGCUUCCAAUUUUCCGGUCGAUACUCAAGUUGCUUACAUUUUAAGUCUAGGAGUGGUGAAAGAAUUUAGAAAACAUGGAAUAGGUUCCCUCUUACUUGAAAGCUUGAAGGAUCAUAUAUCGACAACUGCCCAAGACCACUGUAAAGCCAUCUACUUGCACGUCCUCACCACCAACAACACGGCAAUUAACUUCUAUGAAAAUAGAGACUUUAGACAGCAUCACUACCUGCCCUAUUAUUAUUCUAUCAGAGGGGUCCUCAAAGACGGCUUCACCUACGUUCUAUACAUCAAUGGUGGACAUCCUCCUUGGACAAUCUUUGACUACCUACAGCAUAUUGGUUCAACGCUCGCCAGCCUGAGCCCAUGUUCGAUUCCUCACCGGAUAUACCGCCAAGCCCAGAGUCUCCUCCGCAGCCUGCUGCCAUGGUCUGGCAUUUCCGCAAAGAGUGGCAUUGAAUACAGCCGGGCAACGUGACCCAGUCAGAGGGUGUCGGCAAAGCGAGAGGUUUGAACUCUUCCAACUGUUUUUGUACCUGUGGCUGUUGUCCAUUCUAAUGCCCAAUGUCCCAGCAAUGGCGCACGUCCAGAGGAGCCAAGCUACCUACCUGCGAUGCCCCUUUAUGAACUCUGUCCUCAUUGCAAAGGUGUCAGCCACACAUCACCCUGUCACAACCCUCCUGUCCCCUGUAUUUAUUGAAGAGCAUAUUGCUGCCACAGUCAGCCUGUCUCUCUAAAUGUCAAUUAAAAUGA